UCUGGGCGAGGACAGGCGGGCGGAGGCUCCACUUGGGCUGAGACUGAGAGCGAGAAGAAGGAAGCCGAGGGAGCCGAGGGAGGGGGGGACCUUUCCCGGGGCGGCGGCGGCGGCGGCUCCCCGAAGGAGCGAUGUCCCCUCCGGGCCGCGCUCCUCCUCCUGCUGCUACCGCUGUCGCGGGUGGCGGCGCCGUGGUCCCGCGUCCCCCGGGGCCGGCCCCCCAUGGGAUGUAGCCGCGGCGGGCAUCUCCGGGCGCACGUCGGGGGGCUGCUGGGCGCGCGCGCCCCUCCCCGCGCCCCGCUGCUGCUCACCAUGCUGCUGCUCUUUAGCUACUUCUUCUACUGCCUCACCGGCUCCUGCGAGCCCCUACGCCCGGGGGGAGCGGGCCUGAUCCGACAAGCGCAGCCGCACGACGAAGGGAACCCCCCGCACAAGCUCCUCUUGUUGCUCCCGGGACUGGCCGGGGACGCCGCCGCCGCCGCCGCCGGGGAGGACGAGGAGUCGGCGGCCGGCGGGGCGAGGCUGGAAGAGGAGGACAACGACGGGGGGGACGGCCGGAUCGGGAGCCCGUCGGCCGGAGGAGCCUUGCCCGUGGUCAACGGCUUUGGGAGUAAAAAGUUUCCGCAGGCCAUCAUCGUGGGCGUCAAGAAAGGCGGCACCCGUGCGCUGCUGGAGUUCCUGCGCAUCCACCCGGACGUCCGAGCCGUCGGGGCCGAGCCGCAUUUCUUCGACAGGUGCUACGAGAAAGGGCUGCUUUGGUACAGAAACUUGAUGCCCCGCACCUUGGAGGGACAGAUCACCAUGGAGAAGACGCCGAGCUACUUUGUGACCAAGGAAGCUCCCCGGCGCAUUUACAACAUGUCCAGGGACACCAAGCUGAUUGUGGUGGUGCGCAACCCGGUGACGCGGGCCAUUUCAGACUACACGCAGACUCUUUCCAAGAACCCCACCAUCCCUAGCUUCCAAGCCUUGGCCUUCAAGAACAUCAGCACGGGCCUCAUCGACACCACCUGGAGUGCCGUGCGGAUCGGCAUUUAUGCCAAACACCUGGACAGCUGGCUGCGGUAUUUCCCCCUGUCCAAGUUCCUCUUUGUCAGCGGGGAGAGGCUGGUGAGCGACCCAGCCGGGGAGAUGGCCCGCGUCCAAGACUUUCUGGGGAUCAAGCGGGUGGUGACAGACAAGCACUUCUACUUCAACGAGACUAAGGGCUUCCCUUGCUUGAAGAAGCCCGAAGGGAGCAGCCGACCCCGGUGCCUGGGGAAAUCCAAAGGGAGGCCGCACCCCAAAAUCGACCCGCAGGUCAUCCGCCGCCUGCAGGAGUUCUACAGACCCUUUAACAUGAAAUUCUACCAGAUGACUGGCCAGGACUUUGGCUGGGACUGACGGAGAGACCCCUUCAUGUGUCAGGGGGGAAGUUGAACUUGCUAGAGGGCGGAAUGGCCCUCUUCCCAGCAGCCUGUUGAAUGCUGCAGGCCCCUUCCCCACACAGUCGUAGGGCAUGGGGCAUCUGAAAUGGGUCUCGGGUCAGGGGGGACAUCUCCUUUUCUUUAUAAUUUAUAUCACCUCUUGCCAGUAAGGAAGAAAUGUAUGCUUACCGAGUAGAGAGAAAGUAUUUAAGUUUUGUUUUGUUUUGUUUGUUUUUUUAACCACCACCCGCAACAUAAGAGAUCAAGUCCAGGAAACUCAGAUCUGACGAAAUAUUCUGCUGAAUAAACCUGGCUAAUAUAGACAAGACAUGGAAGUUUUUGAAGCGGUGGGAGUGAAUGAGAAUGCGGGCAAGGGAGGAAGAACACAGAUCACAGCCUUGACUAAUGGCACAGCCUACUACAGUGGUACCUCUACUUACGAAUGGAGCUCCGCCCACCAUCUUGGAUGUGGUUUAGAUAGGAUUUUUUCUACUUACGAAUUUUUAGAUAGGGUUGUUUCUACUUAUAUUUUUUCUCCCAAUGCAUUCCUAUGGGAUUCGACUUACAAAUUUUUCCGACUUACAAAUGUGCAUUCGGAACGCAUUAAAUUCGUAAGAAGUAAAGGUACCACUGUAUGUUCUUCUCCACACAUCCUUUGGGAUGAAUCCAACUUUAGCCCUGCUCAGGGUAUGCCUUUUGAUAUUGAUGGACAUAACUAAUGUUGAGCCAUUGAUUUCAAUUGGUGUGCUCUGGGCAGAACUAAGGCCACAUUCACACCAUACUAGGAUCCCAUAAACAGGCAUAGCUCCCUCUCCAAAAGAAUUUUGGGAGCUGUAAUUUGUUAACGGAGCUGAGAGUGAUUAGGAGAACCCUGUUUCCCCCAGGACUAGUUUAAGAAUCAGUCCCUCUCCCCGAGGACCACUGAGUGGAAUAAGAGUCUCCUAACGGCUCUCCCAGUUCAUCCACCUUGGAGAUGAUCAAUGUUCUCCAAGUGGCAUGUGAGAAGAGCCUCUGUCUGGGCUAAUAAUGUUCUAAGAUGUGGAGCAAGCAGGCCAGCACGUUCUGGCCCACUUGACCACUGCAACAAAUGGAUAUCAUAAGAUGCACAACUGCACACAAAGUUGCCCCACACAUGCACAGAAUCUGCAUCUAUGAUCAAAGAACACUGAGCAAGGAAGUGGUAGGUUCAUAAAAGGCUCAGUGGUGGACUCUGAAGUCACCUCCGCACCACAUAUUUUAAGCAUUAUUAUACCACUUUGAAGGGGAUGCGGGUGGCGCUGUGGGUUAAA